AUGGAAAAGAAAGUUACAAACAGCAUUGUUGAUUGUGAGAUAAUGCUAAGGAGAGGAAAAUUGAUACCUGCAGCUGCUGGUGGUUCAUCUAUUAACAAAAAAAUGAUUAAGAAAAACAGAGCUAGUUCGGAAAAAGUUGGUGCCUGGAGCAAAGAGGAUGAAAUCACAAUCCUAAAGGGACUCAUAAAGUUGAAAACUGAAAAAGGGAAAAUUAGGUUAGAUUAUGUUCAACUUUAUGAUUCCAUUAAACAAUCUCUUGGUCACAAAUCAGCCAUACCACUUCAUUUGCAAAAAAAAGUCAAGUAUCUUAGGGAGAAAUACAAGAACAAUUUAAAGAACAGCAGGACUCCUACCAUCCCACAUGAGGAAGAGUUGUUCUACUUAAGUGACAAAAUUUGGGGCAAGGACGAUCAUCACAUCAUGAACCAACAACUUACAAUUCCUUCUUCCAGUUUGGAUAUGAACCAACAAUUUACAAUUUCUUCUCCGGAAGAAUCUGAUACAACUUUUAUCGGAGACCUAGGGCUAGCGUUAACAACUAUGAGCAGGAAUCAGUCUAAUCCACUGCAAGUAGCUCUUCAACAAUUCAAGUUAGUUUCUCAAAGUUUGAGUGUUAGGAAGAGUUAUGCCAACCAAAUACUCCAGGCCCCAAAAAAGGUAGAACUUUCUGAACUAGAGGAACAAAAGAUAGCAAGGAGCUAUUUCGACACAAAGAUACAACAUGCACAAUUGGUUUCAGAUGCCUAUAAUGCUAACCAUGGUUUUGGAGGCUCUCUUAUAAAUAUAGUAUCUGAUUGCGUACUCAAGGAAGAUACACCAAAGGCUAUGAAUGAGGGGAACUGUCCAACGGCUACAAUUGGAUGUUGGAAACCAAUCACUGGAAAAUCUUCAGACACAAGUCCCAAAUCAGUAAGUGAAAGGUGGCAUUUGCAGGAGAAAAAGAGAAAAAAGAAAAAAAAGAAAAGGAAGAUCGAAAACCAAGAAAAGCAUCGUGACUCAAGUAUACAAUCUCAGUUGGAGAUGGAAAAUCGGAGCGCAGUUGCUAAUGCUAAGGAUAUCAACGAGAGUGCCACAUCAUCACAGAUGCAUACGUUACCGGAUGGACUAACUGUUGAGGUGAUGGUGAAGGGAAAAGUGGACGGGAAAGUAGCUUCUCCAGGAAAACAGAUCAAAAUUCAUUUCAUCGCCAAAUUAAGAGAUACAGGAUGCACUGUUGGCUCAACCAUUGGUGCAGCUCCUCAUCAAUUUUGUCUAGGUUACGAAAAAGUGUUAAAGGGAUUGAACAUUGGCAUUGAAGGCAUGCAUGUUGGUGAAAAGAGAAGACUCACUAUUCCACCAUCUUUGGGCCCUGGGAGCAAGGCUAAGCCUCCAAUAAUGCCAGACUCAUGGCUUCUGUAUGAAGUUGAAUUGGUUGAUAUAUGUGAAUGAAGAUAAUAUGUUGAAGUUACUCCAUUCAACAGUGAAAGGAAUUUUGC